AUGUCAGGAGAAGGAUGUCUUAAACCUGCUUCAUCUCUUAGUUUCCACUCAACAUUUCGUAGGCAACAUGGCAAGGUUUUUAAAGCUAAAUACAAAGGAAAUUUGUAUGAACACGAGGAGGGUAAUUUGGGCAGGCCAUACACAGAAGAACGGAUGUACAGAAGCAAGCAACACACUCGGGAGAGAAGUAGCUUACAGUACAUGGAGGCUCUGAUGGCCUCUCAGGUAGGACAGACACAUCGCCCUCCUCCAUUGCACCCUAAAUUGAUUUUUGACAGCAAAAUUGCCACAUUAAACAAAAUAGUAAGUUAUGCCAAAAUUACUUACUGGAGGUGCAAUUCUGUCUUUAGGGUGAUUGAAUUUGCACUUAAUACCAAACUUGCAUCUUUGGGUCUUGAGGAAGAACUGGGACAUUUCCAGGAUUCCCCCUUCUGGAACCCAAAUAGGAUGGUCAAACAUGCAGCUGUCCCCAAACUUACAGGUUCUUGUUUGCAUAUAAUAGGCACAAUCCUUCUCUCCAGGCCUCUGGGGAUAAACAGGCAAAUGGCUCAUACUCUCAAAUCUAGGGCGCUUGGAUAG